AUGGCGCGGACGAGAUCCUGGCCGGGGGCGACGCCGGUGCGGGUGACCUCCUGGUCGGGGGCGUGGCCAGGGCGGGCGAGAUCCUCGCCGGUUGUGCGCGGCCUCCUGGCCACGGCCGACGCCGGGCCGAGUAGCAUCCUGGCCGAGGGCGACGCCGAGCCGAGCAGCCUCCUGUCCGGGAUCGCGAAGAUGAGCCUCCAACUCGCCGGAGCCAUGCCAGGCGCAUCAGGCUCACGGCAGAGUGCCCCACUGGUUCCCACUCCAGCCCUGCUCUGGAGGAAGAGGAGAGGUCACGGCUCACGGGUAUUGUCCCUCCAAAGGAAAUCCAAGAGAAUGUUGAUGUGCCACCGAAUCCCAGUUACUAUAUUUCCCCUCGCCGUGAUUUGCUCACAACAACUACUACACACUACAGCUGAUUUGGCUGUGCAGUGCAAAAAUCCAAGGAAAAAAAUGUUGGGAUCCCUAUCUGUGAAGGAGCUGCUACGUCAAAGUCUCCAUGGGAUGAACCUGAACUUUUUGAUCUUUACAUCUUUGAGAAUGUUUUUUUUUGACAAACCAAGGAGAGCAUUUGAUAGUGGAAAUCAGAAUCCAUGA